UGCAGUCCCGCCAGUCGCCAUCCAUCAAGUUGCGGUCCGACAAACGUGAAGCGCGGCGGCCUUGCAAAUGUGCACCCCGCAACAUGAAGACCCCGCGAAGUGAUAUUUGGAUUGAGAAUGCCCACAUGCAGAUGACUUGUUCAGUUUGAAAUCCGCACCUCCGCUUUCACAACGUACGCAAACGCUUCAUUGACCCUCACAGAUCAAUCUGCAACCAUCGACAAGCAACCAAGCCGUCAUCCGCAUAGCACACACAUGCGACGAUGCCUCCUAAACCUAAGAAGACGAAAAAGGGGAAGAAGGGCGAUGAUGACGACAAAGUCAGCCAUGAUGAGCUCAUCUCGAAGCUGGAGAAGGUCGAGCUUGCCGAGAAGGAGUCCUAUAAUCUGAUGCUGCAAUACAUUGAUGAAGGCCACGAUACCAUCGAGGGGAAGAAAGGCGAUUCGUACCAUAAGGCCAUGACCAAGGCCAAAACCGUCACCAGCAACGCACGCGACCAGUACGCCGAAGCGUACGGCAUGUGGGCCGCCCAACAGUCUCCAGGAACCAUCACCCCAGCGCAGACCGAAGCGCUCUGGGCCCGCAUCCGCAAGCGCGGGUACUCCGAACUGUCGUUCAACGUCAAGGCGACCCAGAAAGCCAUCGACCAACUGACACAAGCCGGCCUGAAAGACCAAUGCACCCGGCCGUUCGAGGAGCUGGUCGAGUUGGGCCAGAUCGCGGCCAUCCACGUCCUAAAGGACAUGCAGCGUGAUGGCCUGCUCCCCGCGGGCCUGGCGCCGGAUGCGGAUCCGACCUCGCCGGCAGGCGUGUCGGCGCGCAUCAUUGCGGAUUUGGCGGCUGCGCAGGAGGCCGCGGAGACGAAGUUCGAGUCCGCAAACGCAGCCCAAGCGACCACCUCAAAGACAAGCAACACCAACGCGGCCAUCGCAAAGACAAGCAACAACAAGACGACCUCCGCAAACUCCAAGAACAAGAUGGAGACUUCCGCCUCAAACACCAAGAACAAGACGGAUACCAUCGCCGCAAACACCAAGGGCACCAAGGCGAAAAACUUCAACGCGAAGAAAGCGACAAACAAUGGCACUGCUAUCGAAUCCACCUCCUCCGUGACGAAUGAACCACCUUCCGCCACCACGGAAGAACCCUACAACCCCCAACGCGUCGUCGUGAUGGCAAAGGUUCAUCUCGCUCAACUUCAGGACCUCGUUGUGCAGGCGAAGGAGAUCAAUGCGAGUCUGGAUAAGGCGCUUGCACGUUACGAGGAGCACAAGAAGGAGGACACGGAGGAGAACAAAAGGGAAAGGGGGCAAGUCCAACGGCACUGACUAAGCGGGGACUACUUCAGCUGGCUGUCACGGAACCUUUCUUCAGAGGGAUCCAGGAGACGUGAAAUGGCAGUGAGAGUGGUGGG